CUAUAGAACUAAAUAAUAGUUCUCUUAUUUUUGUUAGCCUUUCUUAAGUAUCUUAUUUUGGAAAUGGAAGAACAUUCUUGGAGAAAGCUCAGGCCUGUCAAAAAAGCCUUCCCAAGAGCUGAACAAGUUGAUGAGGCAACCCAUUUGUCAAACUUAGCAGUGCAGAAAAACGCCAGUGCCUUCUUCAAGAAAUAUGACCAAACUGAGUUGCAGGAAUUACUUACAACCAUGUCCUCUAGUUGGCUGGCUUCAAAAGAUGACAUACACUGUCCAAUAGAGCUUCCCAGUGGACUGGUGAGCCAGCUAAGAAACAUGAGUUCCCGGACUGCAAUUUUGCUAGCACCAGUGGUUUCAGAUAUACCCUUGGAUUGUAAAGAAGUCCAUCAGAUUUUGAGAGAAUUGGCUGUUGGAAUUUAUUGUUUAAACCAGAUACCUUCGAUCAGUUUAGAUGCUAAUUAUGAUCAAAGCACUUCUUGUCAGCUUCCUCCAGCUUACGUUGAUACCAGAAUUGGACAAAUUUUGAUCAGUGUUGAUUACAUGCUAAAAGCACUGUGGCAUGGGGCAUACAUACCCAAAGAGAAACGUGUCAGGUUUUGUAAGUUGUGGCGCUCUGAAAUGGACAUUGAUGCAGAUGGGAAACCUCAAACAGAUGGAAAUGUCUUUUCAGAGUUUUGCUCAGGAGGUCUAAUUGAUAUUUCUACUGAACAUGAUUUUGAGGGAAUCUAUGAUGAAAAUAUGAAUGAAGAUCCAACUUACAAUCCAAACAGUACAGAAGAAAAAAGUUUCUUCAUGCAACAUGCUGAUAAUAUAGUACUUAAAUUGACAUUUGGCAGUACACAAGUUGAGCAACGUGAACAUUUUUUUAGGUUUGAUGCAGUAUAUAGGCUCACCAAUGUUAUAAGAUCGACAGAGGACUAUUUAGAUACAGAAACAUAUCAGAGAUUGCAGCAGAGGUUAGCUCUUCACCAAAAGCUUCUGAAGAAACAGUUAGAAAAAAACAUUGCAAUCCACAGGAAUAUAGAAUACCUCAAGUUAAUGAGUUUUUUGAUUCCAUUUUUACUGGGGUUUAAAAAGAAGAUGGUAAUCCCAAAUUUAAGUAAACUUCUUCAGCCGUAUUCAAAUCACGAGCUUAAAACUGAAAGAGAAUUGCCACCGUUUUCUCUUGGACAACAUUUUAAAUGUCAGCAUUUUCAAUAUGCACAGAAUCAGUAUUUCCAUGCCCAUGGAGGAAUUGAAUUUGAUGUUGGUACUCCUUCGAUACAGGAUAUUUCAGAAGAGAUCAAGGUUUUAGUUUGCUCUCCUUUGUGUAAUGUAUGUGUGCAUGUCUUUACAGCUAAUAAGGCUGCCUAUGAAAAAAUACAACAUAGUGUAUCAAGCCAUAUGGCUCAGUUGUUUGAUAUGGAUAUGCAGUGUAGAGAACACUAUCCUAUUCCAAUCAUGGAAUUUGAUGGUAAGAGCUACUAUGUGAUCUGUGUUGAAUUUGAAGGGUUUUAUCAGCAGCUAUAUAAGACACCAUGGUGGGCAGCCAUAAAUGAAAGAAUAAGCACUCUUAAGCCUAAAAGAGUUGCCUUUACUGAUUUACAGACUCUUGAGCAAUUCAAAAAAAGAUUUGGUUACAAGGAAGCUAUUAAAUGCAAGAGCUUGCCAUAUGGUAUGAAAUCAGCUGCCAAGAGGGGACUAGCUGCUAUCUUCCUUACGUUUUGUCGUAAAGCAUCUACCUCCAGUUUCAGUGUUGUUGACGAAUCUGGUUUCGCCCUUCUUCACUAUGCUUCCAUGUACAACCGUGUUCCAAUUAUAUACCAGCUGAUUAAAUCCCAUGCGGAUAUCAAUCAGAGAUGCAUUGUUCACAUUAACCUUGGUCCUACUGCCUUACACUUAGCAGCUCAGUGUGGAUCCAUUGAAGCACUUAACUGUCUCCUUGCCAUGAAGGCAGAUUAUAAAGUGUCUGAUCAUCGAGGAUGGCUGGCUGUCCAUUCUGCUGCUUUCUAUGAUAACAUUGCUUGUGUCACAGUUCUCUGCAGAAAAGACCCUAAUCUACUAGAGACGGAAACAACAGCUGAGUAUCAAGUUACUCCGCUACUGCUCACUGCCAUAUCUGGAGCAUUAGACACACUUCAGUAUUUGUUUUCUCUUGGUGCCAACUGCAAAAAAACUGACAGUGAAGGAAACAAUGUAAUUCAUUUAGCAACGCUUUACUUUCACACAGAAAUUCUCAAGCAUCUGUUAGAGAGAAAUAAUCCAGAUCUUCCAGUUUGGAGUACUAUCAUAGGAAUGUUAAACUGUGAAGAUACGAGAAGGAGAGAAAUGGCUAUUAGGUCCUUGGAAGUACUUUGUUUAGCAAAAGAUUACUAUUGGAAGUGCCUUUUGGAUGCAGGCACUAUAUCCCCUAUAAUAAAUUUGUUGAAAAGCCAGGAUAUCAAGCUUGCAUGCAUAGCUUCAGGUGUUCUUAGUAACAUUUCAGUUCAUGAUGCUGUUUCCAAAGCUUUUGCAGAAGCUGGGGGCAUUUCUGUAUUGGUUGAUUUAUUGGGCUGUGGUGAACCUGAAUUGCAGUCUCGCUGUGCUGUUAUCUUAUAUGAUAUUGCUCAUUUGGACAAUUAUCAGAAUGUCAUUGCUGAGCUGGGUGGAAUCCCAUCUUUGGUAAAUCUUUUGGAAAGUGAAAUGGGUGAUUUGUUGGUAAAUGUAAUAAGUUGUAUCAGAGUGUUAUGUGUUCAGAACAAAAGUAAUCAAGAGAAAGUGAAGGAACAUGCGGGUAUUCCAUUACUUACUCAGUUUCUAACUUCACAUUCAGGUAAACUGCAGGCUGUAUCUUCUGCAGCUAUUGCAGAACUUGCUCGAGGGAAUAAAAAAGUGCAGGAUGCCAUUGCAAAUGCAGAGGCAAUUGAUCCUCUAGUUGAACUUCUAAAAAGAAGGAAUAUCAAUGUACAAAUAGAAGGUGCUAUGGCUGUAGAGGCACUAUGUGAAAACAACACUCGUGUGCAGAAGGCAUUCCUGGAGAAAUCAGUAACAAAGGAUCUGUUGAAGCUCUUAAAGGCAUUUCACUUGAAAGUUAAGGAACGGGGUGCAACAGCUUUGUGGGCAUUGGCAGGAAAAAGACUAAAGCAGCAAAAGUUCAUGGCAGAGCAGAUUGGGUAUAACUUAAUUACUGAUAUGCUUUUGUCACCAUCUGAUAAAAUGCAGCAUGUUGGAGGAGAAGCAGUUGUUGCUCUUUGCCAAGAAAGCAGACAUCAUCAAAAUCAAAUAUGUGAAGGGAAGGGAAUCAACCCUUUAGUCUGGUUGUUGCGAAAUGGAAAAAUAGCAGAGGGAACACUCCUGAAUGUCAUCAGAGCCCUGGGGACCAUGUGCAUUGGUGUGGCUCAUACAAGCAAUCCUGUCAGCCAGAAAAGCAUGUUGGAGGAACAGGCCUUACCAAUUCUAGUGCACAUGCUAAAACAUCACAGUUCACUCCAGAUAAAGGCUGAAGUUGCAUAUUCCUUGGCUUGUAUUGUUUUAAGAAACAGUAAGUUACAGGAGGUGUUACAAGAGGAAGAAGGUUUUGUUUAUUCUGAUGUUCUUAAACUUCUUCACGCACCAAAUAAGAAUAUUUGUUUACGAGCAGCAUAUGCUUUAGCCCUUUAUGCAUACAAUAACUGUGUCCAACAACUCCGGAUUCUGGAGAGUGGAGCAAUUACAAUAUCUGUGUUUGAACCUUUUCUGCAGUCAGAAAGUGAGACAGAUAAAGCAUUUGCAGCAUUUCAGAUUGUUAUAUUAGCCAGAGUUAUAGUGGAUGCUGAUCAGGUUACUUUGGCUGCUAGAGGUGUUACUACUUUAGUUGAACUGCUACAUUCUGAGAAUACAGCUACUCUUAUUCUUACAGGGAAGUUACUGGCCAGCUUGGCCCAUACAAGGGCAGGAAUUCCAGAAGCCAUUACUACAUUAGGAACUAUCCAGCGUCUUUGUUAUCAUCUGUACUCGGAUGACGAAGAGGUUUGUAUGGCCUCUGCAACUGCACUGGGAUACUUAACAUUUAACCAGACUGCGUACCGCCAUCUAUUAGUAGAGUGCAGGAACAAACCAAAGCAGUUCAGCCGUCUAAUGGAUUACCUCAGCAGAGAUGCCCAAAUAAACCAGAAUUUUGUAAAUGAGUUCCAACGAGAAAGACGAGUGGGACUGCCUUCUCUAAGUUUGAUGAUAAAUGGAGGACCACCUGCAGUUCCAACUUACUCUAGAGGUAUGUUAUUUCUUAGCUUUUUUUCAGAGAGGUUGCAGAGUGGUAGAGGAAGACAUCCCUGGACUAAAUGUCAACCCAAGGAUUCACUACUAUUAGUAUCUUCCCUUGCUCACUUAAGGGGAAAACUCAGAAGAGCAAACAUGUCCCAUAGACAAACUUCUAGAAUAUAUUCAUUUACAUAUGCAGUUUCAUCAGACAUCACAAAAGUUUCAAGACCAAGAAUUGUUAAUGUCAGUAAGAUUUCAGCCACUGCACCAGGAGAAAAGUUUAAGACCUGUGUCAAUGACGGAGUUGAAAAGCACUUAAUGUAA